AUGUCUGACGUUCGUGGCUAUGGACAACAAGCCCGCCAGGCCGACUGGCUCGAGCCGGCUCAACUACAUCUCCUGCGGCACUUCACAUGGUACCCCUACCGCGCAAUGCGGACGGUGCUUCGCAGCAGCUACGUGAACUCGCUGUUGGUCUUUGUGCCUGUCGGGCUGGCCGCUGGUGCCCUUGGCUGGGCCGAUCAGGCGGUGUUCUUACUCAACCUCCUUGCUAUCGUACCGCUGGCUUACUGGAUAGCGCUCUUGCUGGGGGAUGUAGCAGCGCAGACGGGGCAGGUUCCCGCUGGACUGCUCAAAGCGACCUUGGGAAAUACUGUCGAGUUGGCGGUGGGCAUCAUCGCCCUGAGACAGGGACGAAUCCGCAUCGUCCAGUCGACUCUGGUCGGGAGCGUCCUAUGCUACUCUCUUCUGGUCCUCGGCAGCAGCAUCCUCUUCGCCAGCUACAAUGUCGAGAAACUGGUGUUUGACCAGCUGCUGACCGGCAUCAUGUCCUCGCUGAUGAUAGUCGUCUCCAUCGCGCUGAUCAUCCCGGCAAUCAUGUCCUUUACGUCAUCAUCUGAAUCGGUCACUACUGACAGGGACAUGCUGACCAUGUCGCACGGCACUGCCAUCAUUCUGUUUAUCCUUUUCGUUGUCUAUCUUCGCUUUCAGCACAAGACCCAUGCGUGUCUCUUCCAGAACGUGCCCGGUGAUGGCUCUAGCGGAAACAGCCAUGACGUCGCCGAGGACGAGCCACCAGCCCCGACUCGUCGACGACUCUGGGCUGCCGGUGGCAUCCUGAUUGCUUCGAUUCUGUCCAUUUUCGGCUGCGCCUCGUACCUGAUCGACAGCAUUGACGGCUCAGCCAAAGCGCUGCACGUCAGCCCUGCAUUUCUGGGUCUAGUGCUCAUUCCCCUGGCAGGAAACGCGGCAAAAUACGCUGCUCUGAUAGCGAUAUCCCGGCAGCGACAGAUCGACGUGGUGAUACGGACCGUCAUCGGCACCAUCCUUCACGUCACCCUCCUCAUCACCCCGCUGCUGGUCCUCCUGGGCUGGAUCCUGCAGCAGCCGAUGACGCUCGACUUUGACAGUUUUGUCGCCAUUGUCUUCUUCACGGCGAUCAUGGUCAUGAUCUACCUGAUUCAGGACGGGCAGACGAAUUACUUUGAGGGUGCUAUGUUGAUGGGAACCACAUGCGGUUACUGCAAUGCGGAGACUUUGAUGCAGGUGACCUUUUUGGUCUGUAUUCGCUGCUACUCUACGAUCGAUUGCUUCAAUCGCCUCUGGAAAGUUGUGGCCUGGUGCCAUGUAGCUGAUCAGGAAGAUAGUAAUAAUAAUCAAGAGGAUCAAGGAGGAAGUUAA